AUGAUGCACGCCAAGUCGGAGUCGGACAUGACGAGCCUGGCGGAGUCGUCGCCGCCGCGGUCGCCGAAGCGGGGCGGCGGCGCCGCCGCCGCCGCGGGCAACGGCGGCUACUACGUGCAGAGCCCGUCGCGGGAGUCGCACGACGGCGGGUACAAGUCGUCGUCGAUGCAGGCGACGCCGGUCUACAACAGCCCCAACGAGUCGCCGUCGCACCCCUCCUACGGCCGCCACUCCCGCUCCUCCUCCGUCAGCCGCUUCUCCGGCAGCCUCCGCAAGGCCGGCGGGGACCGCAAGGUGCUCAACGACAAGGGGUGGCCCGAGUGCAACGUCAUCGAGGAGGAAGGCCCGUACGAGGACCUCGCAGGGGACAGCGGGCUCUCCCGCCGAUGCCAGAUCAUACUCGGGUUCCUCACCUUCGUCCUCCUCUUCACCACCUUCUGCCUCAUCAUCUGGGGCGCCGCCCGGCCGUACGAGCCCGAGGUCAUCGUCAAGAGCUUGGUGAUGGACGACUUCUAUGCUGGUGAAGGCACAGACCACAGCGGUGUUCCAACCAAAUUGGUCACAACAAACUGUUCUCUGCACAUAUCUGUGUACAACCCUGCCACAAUGUUUGGAAUUCAUGUCACUUCUGGCCCCAUCCAUCUGAUCUAUUCACAGAUCUCAAUAGCAGUCGGUCAGGUUCGCAAGUACUACCAACCGAGGAAGAGCCACCGGAUGGUGACGGCGGUCAUCCACGGCGAGAAGGUGCCGCUGUACGGCGCCGGCGGCAGCCUGAUGCUGUCGACGAGCACGGGCGGGACGGUGCCCCUGACGCUGGACUUCUACCUGACCUCCCGGGGCUACGUGAUCGGCAAGCUCGUGCGGGUGACGCACAAGGUGCACGUGACGUGCCCCGUCGUGGUUGACGCCAAGAAGACCAAGCCUGUCAGGUUCUCCAAGAAGGCCUGCGCCGUGUACAAGGGCGCAGGCCUAGACUACCCGAAAGAAGACGAAAUGGUGGUGCGGUCAGCCAUUGCCGUCGUGCGCCUGGUGGAAGAAGACGACAGACAAGUAAGGCCACUGAUCGGCAUCGGUGGCAAGCUCAUCACAAACAUCCAAGUUAUACAGGCUACUACUAGGCUGGGCAGCUCUUGGGCGCGAGCAAACAAUGCCGAACUGCUGGUACUUGUACCACGGAUUUUGCCUUGGGGAGUCAAGCGCCAGCACGUGCCCGCCCAAGUUCUUCGCAUGGCUGCUCGUCCAAGAACAGAUCCAGACCUAUUCACGAAGCAUACCGUUGCUGCGAACGCUGUUCCACGUCUUGUUUGGAUGCAGCUUUGCUCUGGGAGCUGCCAAGACUGUAGUGAUUCCACCCGUAACACGGCGACGGCUGCAUCAUGCCAUGCUGCUGGGAACACUGGAAACACCUAA